AGGGCCGCUGGUCUUCUGGCGGCGUCCGUCCGAGUCCACUGCCUUGCAAGGCCGGUCCACCCCGCCAUGGGCCUGGAGCUCUACCUGGACCUGCUGUCCCAGCCCUGCCGCGCCAUCUACAUCUUCGCCAAGAAGAACGGCAUCCCCUUCGAGCUGCGCACCGUGGACCUGCGCAAAGGCCAACACCUCAGCGGUGCCUUUGCCCAGGUGAACCCCCUGCAGAAGGUGCCUGUCUUGAAGGACGGGGAUUUCAUCUUGACGGAGAGCGUGGCCAUCCUGCUCUACCUGACCCGCAAGUAUAAGGUCCCUGACCACUGGUACCCUCAAGACCUGCAGGCCUGUGCCCAAGUGGAUGAGUACCUGGCCUGGCAGCACACGACUCUGCGGAGAAACUGCCUCCGGGCCCUGUGGCAUAAGGUGAUGCUCCCUGUUUUCAUGGGGGAGCUGGUCUCUCCUGAGACACUGGGGACCACGCUGGCAGAGUUGGAUGUGACCCUGCAGGUGCUUGAGGACAAGUUUCUCCAGAGCAAGGCUUUUCUGGCUGGGCCCCACAUCUCUCUGGCUGACCUGGUAGCCAUCACGGAGCUGAUGCACCCUGUGGGGGCUGGCUGCCAGGUCUUUGAAGGCAGACCCAAGCUGGCUGCAUGGCGCCAGCGCGUGGAGGUGGCAAUCGGGGAGGUCCUCUUCCAGGAGGCCCAUGAGGUCAUUCUGAAGGCCAAGGACUCUCAGCCUGUAGACCCCACCCUAAAGCAGAAGCUGCUGCCAAAGGUGCUGGCCAUGAUCCAGUGAGCCGGGAAGCCUCCCCCCUGCUCUGCCCUGGAUUUCCAGUGUCCACAGGAGGCAGACUCAGUGACUUGCCUGAGUCUCACUGCACCUCUGCUCCCAGGGCCAGGUCCACCCUCCCCACCUCCUCCCAUCUUCCACAGCUGCCUGAAAAGCACAAUGAGAAUGGCACACCCAGACCGUCUCUCCUUUAAUCAAUGCAUUUUGUUUUCAAUUUGGAAAAUAAACCUGAGCUUAGCUUGAGCCUCUGCUUU